AUGGCCGAGUUCUUGAGCAACAAGAGCUUCGUUCAAUCCUUGACGCGGAACGCGUCGAGCAAGAAAUGGAGUUUGCAUAAGGCAGUCAAGGUGAAGUUUGGGGCCAAAAUCGCAUCCAUCAGCUGUGGAACAGACUACACGUUGGCCUUAAGCGAAGAUGGGCGAAUCUAUGCCUGGGGAAUCGGCAGCUAUGGGAAUCUGGGUACGGGAAAGAUUUGUGAUCAGUGGAGCCCCGCUUUGGUGCAGAUGCCGCAAGACCAGCUUUGUUGUCAAGUUGCAGCUGGCACCAAGCACUCGAUGGCCUUGAGCACACAAGGUGAAAUGUUUUCGUGGGGUCAUGGUGGCCAUGGACGUUUAGGCCACGGUGUCGGUUGCGAAGCGGCCUUAUGUCCAACCAAGAUUGUGCCGUCGUCGGGCACAGCGCUGCGCUUUCGCUUCGUGGCCGUCGGGGAAGCCCAUUCAGCUGCCAUUGACUCCUUGGGGCAAGUGUGGUGCUGGGGAGCUGGAUCGUUUGGACGUUGUGGCCAUGGAGAAGAAGCAGACUUUUUGAGUCCCAAGAUCGUGACGCAAAUGAUUGGGAAGAGUUGCAGUUCGAUCGCCUUAGGUGUUUGUCAUUCCUUGGCGUUAACUCUUCGUGGACGUAUUUGGAGUUGGGGAGGCUUUCUGUACACUGGCCAUGGAGAAAAUGAUGAUAUCGAAAGCGCUCGGGAGUUGGAUGAUGAUGAAUUAAAAAAUGCGUUUAUCGUUGAAAUUGCAGCAGGUCGAUUUCAUUCCCUGGCUUUGAGCUCUUCAGGUGACCUUUUUUCUUGGGGCUCUGGAAGUCUGGGACGUUUGGGUCUUGGCAAUUCGUUGGCCAGUGACCUGAAAACCAGCGAUCAGCCAACACCUAUACAGAUCUAUCGAAAUGGGCAGCCCCUUCUGGGUGGCAGCUCCAAGACCAAAGGGCCAAAAGACAGCCGCCUCUCAGAGCAUGGAGAUUUGUACAGCCAGCUGCAGAUUGCAUGCCGAGGUAUGCAUUCAGCUACCGUUGAGAAGGAUUCGUGCUGGCUUUGGGGUCAUGGCGAGUAUGGUCAGAAUGGCAACAACGUUGGGGAUCUGUGGAAGCCAACGUUGUUGAGUGCCAUUGAUCCCAUUUCGAGAUUAAAAAUCAAAGUGCACACGGUCGCUUUGGGCAUGGAACAUUGUUUGAUGAUUUCAACAAAUUGGGAGCUUUACAGCUGGGGAAGGAAUCAUCGUGGUCAGCUUGGCCUUGGCACCACCAGCGAUACGUCGGAGCCGACCUUCGUGGCGGCGUUGCCCAAAACGGUCUCCGUCGCCUGUGGUGAAGACCAUUCGGCCGGAAUUACUCCCGGAGGCGAGGUUUUCACCUGGGGCAAUGCUGAGAGUGGAAAGCUUGGUCAUGGCUCCAGCAUGAUCCGAAGCGCUAUGAGUUUCCCCAAGCAGAUCAAUAUGGAAGCGAGAGUGAGGACAGUUCGCACUGGCCAAAACCAUACAGCUCUGAUUGGCAACAAUGGAGAACUUCUCACAUUUGGCGCAGGCUGGUUCGGACGGCUGGGCCACGGUGAUAUGCACAACCAGUAUACGCCGAAGCUUGUGGAGCAUGUCUUAACUGAUUUAAGUGCUGCCUUGAAGGAAUCCCCACGUUUUCUUGAGGUCACUUGUGGAUCGUUUCACACUUGUGCCGUUUGUGAAGACCAACGUCACUUGUGGGUCUUCGGACGGGACUACCUUGUUUCUGAAGCAGACCACAUCACAUCUCCGCUGCUCUUCCGCCAGCUUGGACCCGAUGAGGAAGUGGUCACCGUGGCAACUGGCGCAAACCACACGUUGUGUGUCACUCGAAAGGGGCAAAUGAAAAAGUUAUGGGGCUGGGGAGACAACAGCAAAGGUCAACUGGGCCUGGGCUUGGGUGCCCCAGAGCAGGUUCCACCGACGCUGAUCCAUUGCAAAGGAUGGGGCACGCCGGGCGUCGGAUCCAGAAGCCGAUCCGAAGCCGAAGGAACUCAGAGCGACACUCGCGAGACUCGCGCUCCAUCACUGAUGGGUAUCUCUUGUGGAUAUGCCCAUUCAAUGGCCGUGACGGAUGCUGGCGAAGUUUGGGCCUGGGGUCUACAAAGUGGUGGACGCUUGGCUCUAAAGACUCCCUUCGAGGGCAAGACCUGCCCGAUCCCACAACGAGUUCAUCCUUCCUGGAAGGAAAGGCCACCUGCAAGCAGCGUCAGUUGA